AUCAGCAUCCAACAACCAUCAUCCUUCGGUGAAAAUCCGUGGAACAAACCGCCGCUGCACGCUGCUGGUAUAUCGCGAGGAAAAAUAAAAACAAGUGACAUUAUAGAGCGAAUCGUAGUGACCGUUGCGAACCACCGAGGCCGUAUACGUUUCGUCGUUUGUAUCAGUUUUCAUCGUCAGUUUUCUUUCCGGUUUUUUACUUUUUUCCGAAAAAUUUUGCAUCUGGUGAUCUGAUCAGAAGGUUCAGUUUCAACAGUCGCUUGCAGGAAAGUUCAAUACAAAGGACAUAUAAACCAAAUGAGUCAGCGAUCGCAGCUUCAACGCGGAAGCGGCACCACUAGGGCGGUGUGGACUUGCCUGGCCAUCGCGCUGUGCGUGCAGGCCGUGAGGGCUGGCAGCCCCUGGCGCAGGGAACGGGGUGGCGGCGUGGGGCCUCUCCUCACCCACCACCUCACCAAGCGCUCCUUCUUCGACAUCCAGUGCAAGGGGGUGUACGACAAGAGCAUCUUCGCCAGGCUGGACCGCAUCUGCGAGGACUGCUACAACCUGUUCAGGGAGCCCCAAAUUCACUCGCUUUGCAUGUCCAAGUGUUUUUCAACUAGCUACUUCGAUGGAUGUGUCGAAUCCCUACUCCUGACCGAAGAUAUGCCUAAGUUUAGAAAAAUGAUCGAAUACCUAGCAAAAUAAAAUAAAAAAAAUAAUGCGGAGUGUAAUCUCUCAUGUUCUAUUAUUCUAGUCCUCUACACUCACCAUUAGGCAAUUAAUAUAUUAAGUAAGUUAUAGACAACUUGACAGAGUGUUUGAAUCUCUACUUUGUUUGGUUACUUUUUUAUUAUUUGUUAUUUAUUUAUUUAUACGUAAUAUUUAUUUAGCGCGUUAGAUGAAGAAUAAUGAUGUCUUAGUGGAAUUGUUCGUUGAUCAGUAUUUUAAAAUAGAAUCUCAAAUCAUACAUAUAGCUAUUAUUCUACACACAAAUAUCCAGCUGAAGAAAGUAGAUAUUAUAUAGAUAACACAUUAUGGAAAAAAUGCAUAAUGUUCAGAUCACAUCACGUCAUUUUUUUGUAUACAAAGUAUUAAUUUUUUUUGUCUCCCGCGAAUAUAUCAGUUCCUCUUUUAAUUUAUUUUUUUGCAUUUCCCCUUAAUGUUGAAUUAAAUUCCUUUAGAUGGCUGAAAGGAAUUAAUUUAACCGUAAUAUUCAUGAAUUUCAUUAUUCUACUGAUAUAUUUAAGGAUAAAUUAUUUAUUAUUGUUGAGAUUAUUUUUAUUUAGUUUAGAUUUUAAGACAGACAUUGCAAGAAAAAUGAACAACUUAAAAAAUGUUUUCGUAUCUAUCCAGCCUAUGUAAGAUUUUUAGUGCAAAUAUAAUUAUUAUUGUAUGUAUCUCUCUUGGAUAGGUAUGAAAAUAUAACGAAAAAUAAGCGUAUUAAUAGUAUUAAUAGACAAAAAAAUUUAGUACAAUAUUUUUCUUGCAGUGCUCAUAUUUUUAAAGACAUUCCCUAAUCAGUAUUGUACACAGAGGUUGUUAUUAUUUUAUAUAAUAUACCGGUAGCUGUGUCAGAAUAUGUUUCCAAUAUGUGAAUUUGGAAAAGAACAAUAGUGCCUAAAAUGUGCAAUUACAAAAAGAAAUCUGUCGAAUUGAUAUAGCCUGUAAGGCUCCAAAUAUAUUUAUUGUAUAAAAGGCUUCACGCCUCUAAAUAGAAUGUAUUUUUGUUUAAAAUAUUCGUAUAUAUACCUAAAAUGUAUUAAAACUUGUAACUGGAAAGGUUAUUUCGUAAAUGGCAGCUUCCUGAGAACAUCCGAUGAAUAAACCAAAAAAUCCUUAAG